CGGCCAUCCUUCUUCUUAUUUUCUUUUUUUUCUUUUCUUUUCUCUCAUACACUCCUCUCUGCUCUUAUAUCCUCUCAUCGGUACUUCCACACCACAACCACCACCAUUUCCACCAUCAUUUUCCAGAAAGAUCAUCGGAAAAUUUUGAGAACCUAUAAACAUCUUCACAUCCUUUUUGAGGUUCUAGCUAAUCUCCUUGGAGCUUGGAGAAUUAGGCUUUUGCAGUUGCGAGGAAAGAUGUUUGAGGGGAAGGAGUUGGGAAAUGGUCUCGUUGAAGAAGAGAGGGAACUUUCUAAGUCUUCAACUAAUAAGGUCUGUUCCAAUUAAUUCAGCUGCAAAAUCCAACUGCUAUGGGUUAUGUUCUAGAAUGGUCUCGGGCUUGGGGACUCAUGACUAGUGAUUCUCUCCCUUGUUUCAUUAGCUCUCUUUCUCUUUGUUGACCCUGGUAAACCUGCAUUACUGACCUGGCAGCGAAAGUUAAACAGUGAGGGAAGUGCCCUUUCUGAGUUCACUCUAAGUUUGAAAGAGAGAGUUCAGAUGGCUCCAAUAUUAUUUCGGAUGUGGCACCAUGUCCGAGAAGAGGCUGCUAAAGGAAAUGGGGUUGCUAUCAAUCUAUUUGCUAAACGCCUUGUAACUUCUUGUCAUGGCAUUCCCUUAGGUGGUAUAGGCUCAGGCAGCAUAGGAAGGAGUUACAGAGGUGAGUUUCAGCGCUGGCAACUAUUCCCUAGAAAAUGUGAAGAGAAACCAGUUUUAGCAAAUCAAUUUUCGGUUUUUGUUAAGCGCUCAAGUGGUGAAAAAUAUUCAACAGUGUUGUGCCCAGGGAGCCCAGAGGUGCUUAAAGAAACUGAUGUUUCAGGGAUUGGAUCUUGGGACUGGAAUCUGAAUGGAGGCAACUCUACGUAUCAUGCUUUAUUCCCAAGGUCAUGGACUGUAUAUGAGGGUAAUCGUUUAGUGGAGAACCUGAUCCGGAACUUAAAAUGGUUUGUCGUCAAAUUUCACCUGUUAUCCCCCAUAAUUACAAGGAGAGCAGCUUCCCUGUAUCAGUUUUUACUUUCACGCUGUACAAUUCUGGAAAGACUGCUGCAGAUGUUACCUUGCUUUUCACAUGGGCAGUAUGUCUCCUUUUCAUGUGUUCAUCACUUUCAAAUUUAUGUCCUUUGGUUCCAUACAUAUAAUUCUGUUGGGGGGCUUUCUGAAUUUUCUGGUCAGCACUUCAAUUCAAAAAUAAUGAUGAAGGAUGGUGUGCAUGGUGUACUUCUACAUCACAAGACUGCAAAUGAACGCCCACCUGUGACUUUUGCAAUUGCAGCAGAGGAGACUGAUGGUGUUCAUGUCUCUAAGUGCCCUUACUUUGUGAUAUCCGGUAACUCUCAGGGUAUCACUGCAAAAGACAUGUGGCAGGAAAUCAAGGAGUAUGGUUCCUUUGACCGCCUUAGUUCCAUGGAAACGUCAGUGCCUUCAGAACCAGGAUCAUCUAUUGGGGCAGCCAUUGCUGCUUCUCUUACAAUUCCUUCGAAUGCAGUACGUUCUGUAACAUUUUCAUUGGCAUGGGACUGCCCUGAAGUAAACUUUUCGAGUGGAAAAACUUAUUACAGGCGUUACACUAAAUUCUAUGGUACCCGUGGGGAUGCUGCUGCAAAGAUUGCACAUUAUGCUAUUCUUGAGAAUGGCCAUUGGGAGUCCCAGAUAGAUGCAUGGCAAAGACCUAUUCUUGAAGACAAGAGGUUUCCUGAAUGGUACCCUAUAACUCUCUUCAAUGAGCUCUAUUAUCUUAAUUCAGGGGGGACAAUUUGGACAGAUGGAUCACCGCCGGUUCAUAAUUUAGCAAGCAUUGUACAAAAGAAGUUUUCCCUUGAUAAUUCCAGGCCAGGUUUGAAAGACAUAAUUGAUGUACCCCAUCAAAAUGAUACCGCUAGUGAUAUUCUUGAAAGGAUGACUUCAGUACUUGAUCAAAUCCACACCACAACUUCAUCAAACUCUGCAUUUGGGCCAAAUCUUCUUCAGAAAGGAGAAGAAAACAUUGGGCAAUUCCUUUAUCUUGAAGGUAUUGAAUAUCACAUGUGGAACACUUACGAUGUCCAUUUCUACUCAUCUUUUGCAUUAGUCAUGCUUUUUCCAAAACUUGAACUUAGCAUCCAAAGAGACUUUGCAGCGGCAGUAAUGAUGCAUGAUCCCAGUAGGAUGAAAAUUUUAUGUGAUGGAGAGUGGGUUGGUAGAAAGGUGCUUGGAGCUGUUCCUCAUGAUAUUGGAAUGAAUGACCCAUGGUUUGAAGUAAAUGCUUAUAGCCUUUAUAACACUGACAGGUGGAAAGACUUGAAUUCAAAAUUUGUCCUUCAAGUUUAUAGGGAUGUGGUUGCCACAGGUGAUAAGAAUUUUGCACAAGCUGUUUGGCCCUCUGUUUAUGUUGCAAUGGCUUAUAUGGAACAAUUUGACAAGGAUGGAGAUGGGAUGAUUGAGAACGAAGGCUUCCCUGAUCAAACUUAUGAUACAUGGUCUGUCUCUGGUGUGAGUGCAUACAGUGGAGGGUUGUGGGUGGCAGCCUUGCAGGCUACAUCUGCCAUGGCACGUGAAGUAGGUGAUAAGGCAUCUGAGGAUUACUUUUGGUUUAAGUUUCAGAAAGCAAAAGCCGCGUAUGAUAAAUUAUGGAAUGGUUCUUACUUCAAUUAUGACAGCAGUGGCAGAAGUUCAAGUUCAUCCGUUCAAGCUGAUCAAUUAGCUGGACAAUGGUAUGCUAGAGCAUGCGGUCUUUUACCAAUUGUUGACGAAGACAAGGCCAAAAGUGCACUAGAAAAGGUCUUUAAUUACAAUGUCUUAAAGUGGAAGAAUGGAAGGUGGGGAGCUGUCAAUGGGAUGUUACCUGAUGGGAAUGUUGACAUGUCAUCCAUGCAAUCAAGAGAAAUAUGGUCUGGAGUCACAUAUGCUGUUGCUGCAGCAAUGAUCCAUGAAGAUAUGAUUGAUAUGGCAUUUCAGACUGCAUUUGGAGUCUACGAAGCUGCAUGGUCUAAAGAAGGACUUGGUUAUUCUUUUCAAACUCCGGAAGCUUGGAACAACAAGGACCAAUACAGAUCUAUAUGUUACAUGCGCCCUUUGGCCAUAUGGGCCAUGCAGUGGGCACUAACGAGACCAAACCUUCUUGACGCAGAGGUGAGACAAGAAGUGAAGGAAGAUUCUAUGUUUGUGCACCGUUGUGGGUUCUCAAAAGUUGCUUGCCUUUUAAAGUUGCCUGAAGAGGGAAAGUCUAGAAGUCUUUUACAGGCUUUAUAUGAGUUCGCCUUGACUAAGGUUGGGAUUUAAGUCAGGUUUCCACAACUAUCCAGAGGCCUGUAAAUCAGUCCAUUUGAUUGUUGUAUAUACUAUAUAGCACCUUGAAUCUAAGUUGAGACAGCUAUUUGAUGUACUAGCAAUGGGCCCACGCAUAUGUGUAGAUAAUUCUGUAAGCUGCUAUGUGAGAAGAUUAUAUAAAAUAUAUAUUCAAAAUAUUUUAAGUAAUAACAUGAAGUAGUGUUGUGAUAA